AUAAGAUUGGGUAUUUUGUAAAAAUCAGAAUAGUUUUUUUUUUGAAAAAUUUACAUUAAAUAUAACUAAAACAUAAAUCAUUUGUUAAUGUUGGAUUUAAUAUAUAUAGUAGAGGAAUAAUGUUAGGUGGUAAAUGAUUAUCAAUGGUAGAGGUUAAAUUCCUCUUUUUAGGACAUCAUCACGAGCCAGUUAACCCCGGCCCUCGGAAAUGAAGACGUCCGGAGGACGUUAUCACCGACCCGCCGCCUCCCUUGCCGGUGGCUCACGGAGGAACUCGUCGAUCCUUUCGCCGUCUUAUACAAGUUCCAGUAUUUCUUGUGCGAGAGCUUCAAAGUUGGAAAUGUCAAUUCCACCCCUACCCGAAAAUCGCAUUGUGUUGGGUGUUGGAAGUGUGGGGGUGGACUUCUUGGCUGCUGUGGCUUCCUAUCCGAAACCAGAUGAUAAAAUUCGAACCACCAGCUUUCAGGUCCAAGGAGGUGGCAACACUGGGAAUGCUUUGACUUGCGCAGCUCAGCUAGGACUUAAUCCAAGGAUCAUUUCCAAGGUUGCUAAUGAUUUACAAGGCAAGGGAAUAUUGGAUGAGCUAGAUGAGGAUGGUGUUGACACCUCGUUUAUGGUGGUAUCCAACAGAGGCAAUUCACCAUUCACCUAUGUCAUUGUGGAUAACAAAAUGAAAACUCGAACUUGCAUACGCACUCCCGGGGACCCUCCCAUGAUACCAGAAGACCUAUGCCAAUCAAAUUUGAUGUCUGCUAUUGAUAGAGCUAGAGUUGUCUAUUUUGAUGGGAGAUUGCAUGAAACAGCUUUGGUUGUGGCAAAGGAGGCAACUUGUAGGUGCAUACCAAUUUUAGUUGAUGCAGAAAGGAUAAGGGAAGGGCUUGAUGGACUUUUGAGCUUUGCUAAUUAUGUUGUAUGCUCAACGAGGUUUCCACAGGCAUGGGCCGAGGCCCCUACUCUUCCAAGCGCACUUGUUUCCAUGCUUCUGAGGUUGCCAAAUGUGAAAUUUGUUGCUGUGACAUUGGGUGAUGAGGGUUGCAUAAUGCUAGAAAGGACUGAACCUGAGUCCGUCCAAGCUGAGGAAAUUGAUGUAGACGACUUGUAUGAAAUACUCAAGCAAAAGAAGGAUGCCAAUCUAACCAUGCCCACAUGCAUACCAUCGUGCCCUGCAAAAUUGGAAGCCAAGGGAAUAGGAACAAUGAGUGGGAGACUACUUGUGGGAACAGCCGAAAAGAUACCAUCUUCGGAACUAGUCGAUACAACAGGUGCUGGGGAUGCAUUUAUCGGGGCAAUCCUUUACUCAAUCUGUGCUGAAAUGCCACCGGAGAAGAUGCUGCCAUUUGCUGCUCAAGUGGUUAGUUACUACUUUCAUCUUCUUCUUUUCCCGGUGUUGGCAUUUUGGGGUUCUUUUUAAAAAUCCACAUCCUUUUUGGCUAAAUCCACGUAUAAUAUGGUUGAUGGACAACUAUGCCCUUAAACAUUGGCUUACAUCUAAUAUGUUUUCUUUGUAUUUUUAAGGACAAAUUAAAGUUGUCUAUUUAACAUAAAAGGUAGCCAAAACGGGCGUGGAUAUAGCAACACCCUAUUUUAUACAGAGUAAAUGGGAAAGAUGGUUUGCAGGCCGCUAUCAGUUGCAGAGCCUUAGGCGCCAGAGCCGGCCUCCCCUGCCGUGAUGACCUUCGCCUUGCACCUUUUCUAGUUUAGACCUCCCAAGAGUAAUAUUUUCUCUUGCAAUGUUUGUAAACUUUGUUACUAUUACUAUACAAUGUCGAAAUUGGCAAAGGAAAUACUAUUACUAUUACUAUACUCUGUGUAAAUGACAUGAAAUCCGAAUAGCGCAAUUGUGGAUCUUUUA